AAUAGCUCGUGCAGCCGGCUUUACAGUGUGUUCUGCUGUUGGGACCGUUUCAAUCUCACACCGACCGCCGGUGCGAAAUCGUUUUACCCAAAAAAAAGCCCAAAGAAUAAAAAAGUAGUGAAAAGAGAUCUAAACCUAAAGAAAAAAAGGUUUUCUUUUUAUCAAGGUGCAAUGAGUGGACCGUUUAAACGAAGACCCUCGUUGAAAACACUUCCAGCCGGUCCAAUAAUUAAAUCGGCAUCGCUAAGACGAAGAUCGAGUCUUGGUAUUGGUCAAAUACCAACUCCCCCGCAACAAGAAUUACCAUGGGAUGUGGUGGAUCGAUGUUUUAUGCCGAUCGUUUAUUGUCAGGCGGCCGCUUUUAUUUUGAGUACCGUUUUUAAUUUUCUGGAUAUUUCUCAAGUAUCAGCCCUAACAUUGUUUAUCUUAUUUGCGAUUAUAACGAUAGCGUUGAUACUUUUUUACCAUAAUAUAAAGAUCUCCGUGGUGGGCAAAGCAGUUUUAAUAACAGGAUGUGAUUCAAGGAUGGGUUACGCUCUGGCUAGAUAUCUAGAUGAAUUAGGAUUUACGGUUUUCGCCGGGUUUCAAAACGUCGAAGAUAACCAAUACGCCGACGAUCUUAAAGAAGAAUCGAGCGGACGACUUCACGUCUUGCAACUCGACGUUUCCUCUGAAACCCAAAUUCUCGCAGCUUCUUUGUACAUCGUUGAACAUCUUCCAGAUGACGCCCCCGGACUUUGGGCCGUCAUCCACGCCGCCAAUUAUUUUGCAAUGGGUGAAAUCGAAUGGAUACCUUAUGAUGCGGUGAAAAAAGCAACCGAAGUUAAUUUGGUCGGGGCUACAAGAGUCACCCAAGUGAUGGCUCCGCUUCUACGAAGAGCUAAAGGGAGGUUGGUGUUUUUAUCUUCUGGGUUAUGUAGGAUUACUUCGCCGGUUCGUGGACUUCAUUGUGCUUUAUUCGCCGCUGUUGAAGCACAAGCGAUGUGUUUGAGGCAAGAAAUGAGAUCUAGAGGGGUUGAUGUUGUUGUUGUUGCACCUGGAGAGUUUACAGCUUGUGCUUCUUGGUUGACGGAAGAAGAUCUUUUAGAGGAGGCGAAAGAAAUGUGGGCGAGAUUGGGGAGAGAGGCUAGAAAAGAAUAUGGCGAGCAAUAUUUUGAAACUGCUGUUAGGAGCUUGGAAAAAUAUUGUAAAGUACAGGACGGAGAUUUAGCAGCGGUUUUAAAAGCAUUGUCGGAUUCGAUCACCCGAACAUUUCCACUAGAGAAAUACACUCCGGUUACCAAAAAAGAAAAACUACAAGCUUUUAUCUCCGAUCAUCUUCCACGGCCGGUUUAUGACGUUUUCUAUUCUUAAAUUAAUUUAUAAAUCGAAAUAUUCUCGAAUAUUUGUUUAAAGUAAAAUCAAUUCAUUUUUUAGAUGAUAAAUAUUAGAAAAAAUAACAUUUCAAGUAGGAGUCUGAAAAAGAAUUGGACUGAAAAUGAAAAAAAAAAAAAUAAGAAAAAAUAAAUAAAUGUGAAUUAGAUGAUCAAUUUUGUUUGAGUCUGUAGGUGUAUUUUGAAAUGUGGAUUUGGGUGCUGUAAUAAAAUUUGAAAAAAUAUGUUUAUUGUAGAUUUCAAAAUCUAUAAUAAAAUUCUAAAAUAAU